AGCGCCGAGGGUGUCUGACGAGCUGCGGCCGAGUGGUGAAGUGUACGACUAGCGGAGUCAGUGGUCGUGCAGAAUCCGCCGAGCGGCAACACCUCAGCUCUAGCUCCCUCUGUCUCUGUCCGUUCGGCGACAGUCACCACUCGCCUGCCAGCCUGGAGUUCGCAGCGUUCGGCGUACUGAGCCACAGCUUCUCCCCGAGACCCUCCAGCCCCAAGACGCGACAACCCUCAGACAUGAUGGCCGUAGCUGCUGCCCAGAAGAACCGCGAGAUGUUCGCCAUCAAGAAAUCCUACAGCAUCGAGAACGGCUACCCGUCCCGGCGCCGCUCUCUCGUGGACGACGCGCGCUUCGAGACGCUGGUGGUGAAGCAGACCAAGCAGAGCGUGCUCGAGGAAGCCCGCCAGAUCUACAACGAUGCUCCAACUGACUCUGCUGAGGUAAACGAGGUUCAGGAGAAAGAUGUCCCUGCCGCAGAAGAAAUCGAGAACACAUCGCAAGAGGAAGUAUCCACAACAGAAGUGACCGAAGACUCUAGCGAGCCGCCCAGCGACGCCGUAGAGCCGCAGCUACAGGAGACACAGCCGGAGCAGCCCGUGCAGGAGGGCCACGCAGCCAGCGGCGAAGCAGAUGCGGAGAUGACUGAGGAAGAGGUGCUGCUCGCCAACGCGGCCAGCGAGAGUGCAGAAGCCGAGCAGGCCAUCCAGAAGGCAGCGCUCGUGCUGCGCAUGCGCGAGGGGCUCGGUUCUCUCGCCAGGAUCCUCAAGACCAUAGAGAACUUCAAGGGCCAGGUGUGCCACCUGGAGACGCGCGAGUCGCGGCAAGAGAGCGGCAGCCUGGACGUGCUGGUGCGCGUGUCGAUGACCCGCCAGGCGCUGCUCCUGCUGCUUCGCUCGCUGCGCCAGAGCGCUGCCCUCUCCGCCGUCACGCUCAUGGCAGACAACAGCGUCAGCAUCAAGGAUCCGUGGUUUCCGCGCCACGCCAGCGACCUGGACAACUGCAACCACCUGAUGACAAAGUACGAGCCAGAGCUGGACAUGAACCACCCGGGCUUCGCCGAUAAGGUGUACCGCGAGCGCAGGAAGAUGAUAGCCAACAUCGCGUUCGCCUACAAGUACGGAGACCCGAUCCCCCGCAUCGAGUACACGCCCGAGGAGACGGCCACGUGGAAGCAGGUGUUCCGCGCCACCAUCGAGCUGCUGCCCAAGUACGCGUGCGUCGAGUACCGACGCGUCUUCAAGCUGCUGCAGCAGGCCGGCAUCUUCACCGAGGAGCGCAUCCCACAGCUCGAGGAGAUGUCCAACUUCAUGAGCAAGCACACGGGCUUCCGGCUGCGACCCGCCGCCGGGCUCCUGACGGCGCGCGACUUCCUGGCCAGUCUGGCGUUCCGCAUCUUCCAGAGCACGCAGUACGUCAGGCACACUUCGUCGCCCACGCACACUCCUGAACCCGACUGCAUCCACGAGCUGAUCGGUCACAUGCCGCUGCUGGCGGACCCCAGCUUCGCGCAGUUCUCGCAGGAGAUCGGCCUCGCUUCCCUCGGCGCGUCUGACGCGGAGAUCGAGAAGCUGUCGACGGUGUACUGGUUCACGGUCGAGUUCGGCCUGUGCAAGGAGAAGGGCCAGCUGAAGGCGUACGGCGCCGGGCUGCUGUCGUCGACGCGCGAGCUGCUGCACGCCGUGUCGGACAAGCCAGAGCACCGGCCCUUCGAGCCCUCGCUGACCGCCAUCCAGCCCUACCAGGACCAGGACGUGCAGCCCGUCUACUACGUCGCAGAGAGCUUCGAGGAUGCCAAGGACAAGUUCAGGAGGUGGGUAGCUAGCGGCAUGUCCCGCAAGUUCGAGGUUCGCUACAACCCGCACACCCAGCGCGUCGAGGUGCUGGACUCCGUGGAGCGGCUGGAGGGCUGCCUCUCGCAGCUCAACCUCGAGAUGCUGCACCUCAACAACGCGCUGGCCAAGCUCAAGGCCAACUUCGCUUAAGGGACUCUCCUCGUGACCUCGUUUUCCCUGCACUUCACCACGUACUUAGCGUCCGCAUCGUCCCCAUCGUUGUGCCCAUUGUAUAGUUCCCGCUCGUAGCCCGCUGCAGAUCCAGCGCACGCUAGCUGUGCAGGAGAGACGGCUGCUACCGGUGACUGCUUCCGUCAGACGGGAGUCGAGCGCGCGUCUCUGUCGAGUAGUUGCGACGCUGGCGGGCGGCUCCGCGGCGCAGAGUGGCGAGUGUGACGUCCGUGCCGGAGGGCGAGCGCCCCUGUGGGUGGCGCCAGUCCGGUGCGGGCGCCGCAGCGCACACGUGCCGACGCGCCCGCCAUCUGUUAGCAAACUGCCGCUGCGAGUGACUACCGAGACGCGGCUCGCUGUCCACUAGCAACGCGUUCUCUGUGCCACUGAAAGGGGAUUCCCCGCAAUAAGAGAUGGGAAAUGGGACCAAGUGAGCUACGUACUAGUCUCGAGGCGUGGCUUCUGAGUGCGGCCUGCAGAUCGGCGGCGGAGGACGAGGUACGCGCAACUGUGCGCGGGGCCCUGACUCCACCCCGCGUAUCUGUUCAUGCGUAAGCUGUCCUUCCCGCUGUGCUGAAAGGCUGUGCCAGGAAGCGCCGAGGUGGGGAGAAGACUAUUCAGCAAGCCCGUCUCUCCUCUGCUGUAUAAAAAAAUAAAUUAGCUCGUCAUUCUCGCCGUCAUAUCCAUUUGUAAAUUGUAUAAAUGUAUCACAUCUUAUGUAUUGUAGCUGUAGAACUAUUUUAUUCUUGGGCGCUUGACCUCCUUCGUGCGUUCGAUCUAUUUAUCUCCAAAAUCAUUCCAGCUUUCUAACUUCUUUAGUGUGCUGUGUAGAGAAGUGUAAUUAUCUGGACUUAAACGUAGGCAGUUAAAUUAUGAUUCUUUCCUUAUCUACCAGGAGGGUUAAGCGUUACUGUGUGAAUGUUUUGUGUGUUUAUGCGUGUGAACAUAAAUGUUUACUGUUUAUAAUUUAAUGUUCUGUUUUUGUAACAAUUUUAUGGAAUGACAGUGUUUGGUUCUUGUCAAAUACUUCGUUGCCAUCUCUCGUAUGUAUUAUUUCACAUGGCAAUUGCACCAUAAUUACUGUAAACAAUGAAAUAUUUACUCACGCUAUAAAAUGCACGUGCACUAUAUCUUUGUUCCUUAGUGAACAGAUGUAAUUUCAAAGUUACAAAAUGUAUUCUUCCUUUAAACACCGCAUGUAGCUAAGAAGCUGUCAAAUGCUGCUUACGUGCUAUAGGUAGCUUCGUCUGUCACACUAUCCAAUGAAAUUAGAGGCUAUUACUGCAUGAAACAAAGCAGAAUUGAGACUUGCAGGUGUAGAGUUCUACGAUACCCUUAUCUGGUUAGAUUAUAAGAGCUGUUUUAUGCUACGUGCACUAAGUGUCCAAAUAUCUGCUAGUAUUCCAUGUGAUACGUAUGUACCUAAUUUAUCUUUGCAAAUAAAAUGCAUAUAUUUAA